UUUCGAAAAUAAAUUGAAAUAAAAAGAUGCUUUAAAUUUUUGCCAGUGUUGAGAAAUAGCCGAUUUUGUGCUCCGAUGUCAACGCAUUAAGCCAAAAAUAAAACUAAAGUUAACACGCAGACUCUUCUUAACCUUUCAAAGCAAAACUGUAAUAAUCGAAGACCUAACUCAUCACCGGCAACUAAAAUUGACAUUUCAGAUCAACCCAAUUGUAUUCUUAUUUUGGUCUAAAUCAAAGAGGUUAUAGUUCCUUUACGUUAGUCUUUCUGAAUAUGAUAUAAUUAUUGAUGAAAGUGAUGUCGCCUCUUUAAACAACAGCGAAACACACGUCAGCAAAUUUUCCGUCAACUCCAGGAAAAACACCCCUACAAAAUGUCGGAAGAAAAGUUCUAUCAUUUUGGAUAUGCCAGUAACAUGUUGAAGGAGAGGUUGUUGGUCGAUAGACCAAAUGCAUACAAAAAAUUUGUUUGUGUUGCUAAACUUCAGGGCUACAAAUUGACAUUUGAUCGUAUCUGGCCUUUACCAGGCGAUUGGCAUGGACCGUGUGCUACUAUUAGACCAGAUCCAGGUGUUACAUGGGGAGUGGUAUGGGAAUUAGAGAAGGGAGAUAAAGAUGCUCUGAAAAACCAGGAGUGUAAACUGAAUGAUAUAGAUGUCAUAGUGGAAGACCAGUUUGGUAAUAAAUACACUUGUCUAGUAUUUGAGAUGGGUGGAAGUGAUCACCCGGGUGAACGACCUUCGCCUCAGUAUAAAGAUAUAAUUAUCAGAGGUGCCAGGCAAAGUGGAAUUCCUGAAGAUUAUAUCACAGUUUUGGAAUCUUUUGAAGAUAAUGGUUAUGAUGGACCCCAUGCCUUGUAUUCACAGGUCCUAGAAAGUUUGGGUCACCAAGCCUUUGUCACACUUUAUAUUUCGUCAAUCGGUUCCCGAAAACUAUCAAUGAGGACCUUUUUAUAUUUUGCCUUUGGGAGCAACUUGCUCAAAGAAAGGUUGCAUAUUGAAAACCCUUCAGCAAUCUUUAAAGGCAUUGCCAAACUACAGGGUUAUAAAUUCCUCUUUAGUUGGGGCAAUCAAGAUAGUUCACCUGAAGAGGCUUGCUGGAAAGGGUGUGCUGCUAACAUUACUGAAGAUCCGUCAAGCCAUGUUUGGGGAUCUUUAUGGGAACUGAAAGAUGAGGAUCGACCAAGUUUAGAUAGACAAGAAUGGGGCUAUAAUCCGAUAACAGUAACUGUUUGUGAUGAUAAGGGAGCAACAUAUACCUGUUUGACAUACCAGAUGAAGGGUGAACCAACUGGCGAGACUCUACCGUCCCCACAAUAUAAAGAUAUCGUUAUAAGAGGUGCUAAACAAUCCAUGUUACCUCCAGAAUAUAUUAAAUUCAUUGAAUCAUUCCCUGAUAACAAAAAUACUACACCCGUUGAUAUUUAUGAUCAUAUAGUAAAAUCAUUAACUUAAAAUUGUUUCUUAAGUCCAAUAUUGUGUUACUGUUUCACUCCACAUGCGACAGGAACCCUUUUCUAUAGUUAUAUAGUACAUGUAAUACAAAUUCCUUUAAUUUCAUUACUCUUCUAAUGGGGUACUUAUUCUUAA